AUGUCCUGCUCUCCAUGCGGCUACACCUACACCUCAACAUCGCAGUUUCUGAUGACCGGUCAGCACCCAAGCCUCCCGUAUCCGACUCCCAGCGCAAUGCCGCCGGAGGGCCUGCCGACUCAGGCCGCGCACCCAGGAUGCUCGCUACCGUACGAUUCCCGGCUCCUGGGAGCUGCCUACCCUCGCCUCUCAGAGCUCUACGCAGGGGCUUAUGCAGACCCCGUCACUGCCAGCUACAUGAGCGGACACCAUCCAGCAGUACUCUACCCUGCCUCUCUGGCAUCACCCUAUGACUUAAAAGAUCCUCGAACAGCUUGGGCCGCAUUGCCACAAACAGCUGGUUACCCCUGUGAUCCUGCUUUUGCUGCGUAUGGACCCUAUGGAGACAGGUUCGACCCAGUCGACAGCGAAGCACGUCGACGCAAUGCAACGAGGGAAACAACGAGCACCCUAAAAGCAUGGCUCAACGAGCACCGAAAGAAUCCUUACCCGACGAAAGGGGAGAAGAUCAUGCUGGCCAUCAUCACCAAGAUGACGCUGACGCAGGUGUCCACCUGGUUUGCCAACGCGAGGAGGAGGCUCAAGAAAGAGAACAAGAUGACAUGGGAACCGAGGAACAAGACUGGGGAUGACUUGGACGAUGUUUCUGUGGACGAGGAUGAGGAUAAGGAAGAUCCGACUGACGAGGACCCAAAAAGCGUGGAUCCCAGUGGAGAAUCAAAAAACUCCACCAAGGAAAUCAACAGUCAUAAAAAAGAAGUUUGCGAAGAGAAAUCUUCUGAAAAUGACUCACUUCCGAAAAACAAGGUUGAAGUUUCGAGAAAUCUUCCCAUUCCAUCUAAAACUGAUGAAGAUUCCCCAGUAAAAAAGCUUAGUGGAACUGAUCUUCCCGAAUCUAAUAAACCUGAAGUAGAUCCCGUUGUACAAAAGCCUAAAAUAUGGUCUCUUGCCCAAACUGCAACUUCAGAAAGUCCACCAACUUCAAGGAAACAUAGUUUGCAAGAUUCUCAGCAGGAAGAUUUCAACAAAAGAAUACGAAGGAUUAUGUACCACGAAUCUUAUCCUAGUUCGGAUGCUGCACAAUCUUCGCCCUACCUCAGAAACUUAUCCAGGAUUCAUCAAGACAGUUCAGCCGAAUCUUCUAUGUCUUCUCCUCCCUUAUGGAGGAGUGGUGAUAUUCAUAACCCUAGUGAUAAAUAUGGACGUGUCACUCCUUUAGAAGUUGGAGAACUACAUUCCGUGUCUCCAUCUUCUAACGGUUCGCCUGCAAUAUUGUCUUCUGGAAUGGACCAGUCAAAUAGCCUGUCUCCCAGUCUAACAUACAAUCGCUUACUUGGGUGCAGGUUGCUGCCUUGUAGUGAAAGUUCUGCAGGAAAUCUGCGAUCCAUGGACCAUAGUCAUUAUUACACUACUCAAGCAAACUCUAUGCCUCCUACAUUGGACUUAAGGACACUACAUUCCGCUUUCCUCAGAACAUCUCCAUUUGGUUACCCUGUGGGAUUCAAUGCAAAUCCAUCUCAUGUGCAACAGAGUUCUCCAACGACAACAUACAACAAGGCAAAAUCCGAAGAAGGAAACCACAGCUGAUGUUAAGAGAAAAACUUCAUCAUGUACAAAAAAAAAUAUGUAAAUUAAUGUAAUUCAUCCCUCAAUCAGCACUUCAAUCACAAGUUUUCGUGAACUGAAUCAUGUACAUCACAUUCUGAAUUCUUUACUCUGCGAGUAAAAUCAUCAACUGAUUUGUUUUUUAACUUUGGCAUUAUUAGCAAGUGUCCUGAUGUUCUUAAAGCAGAGGUUUUUUUCCAACAAAGUUGACAGAUCGUAGCAGUCAUAGAUUUGCUGAAACUGUAACUUUAUCUUUGCUUCGAAGGGAAAAUAAACUUUGUAUGUAAAAAAUACGUGGUAUCAAAUGUCACGCAGGUCGUUGAAAAUUGAACGCAUUUUUCACGUAAAAUUCUUCAUUAUCAUGAGGUCAUCAUUCGAAAUUGUGAGAUCUCCAAUUUAUUAAAAGCAUUUUACUCAUCAAUGAAAAGAACUGAAGUGAAGUGAACAAUCAGAAAAAAAGCUUUACUUUCUUCUACAUGCAAGCUGCGACAUGAACUGCUUGAAUUUAUUUAUUGUGCGUAAAAACAAAAUGUUAACUUCAUCACUUGUACAUAUGUCAUUCGUUAGUUGUAACAGGAGGUGAUGACGUCGUCAUUGCAAUCAAAUUCCACUGAAAAAUCUAGUUUAAUUUAUGUGAAAAUGCACUGCGUUGUUAUUCAUGUUUUG